AUGUCCGACAAGAGAUCUGAGGCGCUUUUGAAGAUGAUCGCAAACCUCUCCUACGACUGGGACAGACCGUUUCCCUUCUGGUACUUCACCGGAAAGAUGGUCUCCAAGGCACGGUUUGACGACCAAGAUCAGCUCAAGCUCUUCAACGCUACUCGAGUGAUGACUGAAUAUAUUGCGUUUGAAAACACAGCCAUUUCGGAUCAAGACAAAUCCAAACAUACCGGGAGAGCCGUGCAGGUCGUUGAAAUCUACUUCUCAAAGCCACAGCCGGGGAAAAACUUCAAGUUAACCUGGAAACCGGCUAGAAGCGUCAUCUCUAGGAGCGUUCAAAGGCCGUCGCGGCUGACAGCCUUGAUGGAGGGCGUCCCCUGGGCGAGCCCGUCGUCUCUUUUCGAAGCACUUGACGUCGAUCCGUGCCAAAUUCCCCACGAGACUCACCAACAAGUCUUGGCUCUCGCAGCCGCCUGGGUACUGCUUCACUUCCUGGUUGUCUACGCGUCCACCGAGCGAUGUACCAACACGUUGCUCCCAAGCACCCGGGCGGCGCUUCUACUAAGCGUCCCACCGUUGCUCAUACCGCACGAGUACUACGCCCUUGGCAAUAAUUGGGGGAUUGCCGGUCUCAUCUUGUGCAUGGUUUACGGGCGGCUGUGUCAAUGGGCGGUGACCUUGGGCGCGCAAGCCGAGUUCUCCAACGAGUACGUAUCAUCCGCGAGUACCCGUCCCCUAGCUAACAUCGACGUCUAG